GCUUACCAUAUGCUGUGAUAGCGAGCAAAUGGUUCAUUUGCAUAUUCGCUGAGGUGCUUCCUGUUGAAACCGUGCUGCGUAUUUGGGACUGUGUCUUUGCGGAGGGAUAUAAGAUUGUCUUUCGCGUUGCGCUAGCAUUAUUCCUAACACAUAAAACAGCAAUACUCGGUUGCGAUGAUAUCGCCGCAUUAGCGAAUUUAUUUCGUGAAAAUAUGAUGCAAGGUGACAUUGUUACCAACUGCCAUAGUUUUAUAGAAGCAAUGUUCAAAAUACGUUUGAAACGUAGUGAGCUGGAGGCGUUACGCAAAGUGUGCGUAGGACGCAAUAAUACCUAAGAAGAAACUAUUUAAAGGAGUACUACAACCAAAUGCAAAAUCUUCAUAAACUAUGUAGUACUUGCGGCUUAAGUUACUUAAAACACCUACGUACAUACUAACUAAAUAACUAAAGGCAACACACAAACUACCUAAUUGCCAUACGUAUGUAUGCACAAUAACACAACACGAGCUAAUAAUCAUAGGAUAAUUGGUAUGUGACUAACUUAAAUGAGUAGCAAUGAUUAAAUGUAGGAAACCGGCUAAUUUUCAUUACGUUAGAGGAAAUGCUUAGUAGCCACAAAAGUAUCGAAUUGCUUUCAACAAAACAUAAGUUUAGAAUCGAAGAACAAUGAUAAUAAUACAACAUGUUUAACAUAUUUAGAUAUGUAUACACAAGAAUACACUAAGGCAUUAAACGCAACCGAACUACCAAAAUACAUAGAAAGUAAUUUAAGUUACAAAUAUAUACAUAAAUAGUUGUAGAUUAAAGAUAAGAGUUUACCAUAAUUAUAGAAUGUGCGCAUACUUGUAUUUAUUACAUAUAUUCUAUAUGUAUGUAUGGACUUACGCAUGUGUUUAAAUGUAUGCAAAUGUAUGGGAGUGUGAGAUUUAACGGCAUGAGUAUGCCUACGUUAGACAAAUAGUUGCUAUGAUUGCUGUUGUCAUUUGUUUAGUAAAAUCUAAAAGAAGUAAACGCUGAGCAAUGCUUUUGUGUACAAAAAAUUAAAUUAUUUUGCGUGCUGAAAUUAGUUUUAAGUAGCUUAAUGAUGGAGUAUGAUCAAUGCCAUGUUUUUAAACUGCAGAUAGAUAUUACAAUUGUUCGCAUUUUGAAGCGGAAUUGAAGCUUAAAUUGGCAAAAAACAUGUUAAUGGAAGAGGUAGCAAAUAUGUAGUUGCCUUUUGGCGGAAGUUUACAUUAAUAUAAAUACUUUAAGUAUUCAUUUCACUUCCAGUAUCUCGAAAGUUAAAUUUUUUUUACAAUUAUUGCUGAAAUAUUUAUACCUGAGUAUUGUUUAACGGAUGUUUAAAGAACUUAUGUAGAUCGAGUUUGCAUGAACAAAUCAAAGUGUUGCCUUAUGGCCUCAAAAUU